AUGGACGUUGACGAUGAUCAUAACAUGCUCGUCAGGGUUGCGGCCGGCGAGACGCUCGAGCUGGACGCCUGGCCUGCGCUGCAGAUUGAUAUUCUUGCGCGCCUAGACAAGAUUGCGCACACGGUAUUCACAAUCCCCGACCUGUCUCCGCCGCGCCAACUGCGACGGUCCCUUGAUAACGGCGAGUCCUCGUCCCCGUCGCCAAUCGCUGAGCCCUCUUCGCAAGAGGCCGACAAGGAGAAUGCGCCGGUUCGUACCGACGACGAGACAAAGAACGAGGGGGAAAAGGCCGACGAGACGCCUGAACAGCCCAGAGAAGCUACGGCGGCGGGCGGCGACGACACAGAUGCCGUCAUGGAAACGGGCAACGAGAACAGCACAGAGACGACAAACGAGGGAGCAACAACACAACCAAACACACAGCCAGAAACAUCCGCCGGCGAUCCCCCGUCAGGGUCGAUAGCGGCAGACCCCAGCAGCAGCAGCAGCAGCAGCAGCUUGCCAAAGCUCCCGGUCCAGCUCGCCGCCAUGCUCGGAGACAUCAAGAGCCACUUGCAGACCUUUGUUCACGCGCCGCCACAUACGCUACAGCGCCUGGCCGACCUCAUACUACGCCCGCGUGCGCACUACCGCGCCCUAGCUACGUACCUGCACGCGGUCGACCGCGUCGUGCAAGUCACCUCGGGGCUCAGCACGUACCCGCUGCCGCCCGCCAUUCCCGACAUGUCGUCGAUGCACAUCAACGGCGUCGACGGGAGCAAGGACCCCGCCGCGUCUGUGAGCUGGAGAACGGCGACCGUCGGCGCACACAGCACCGCCGCCAAUAGCACCCACGCGGCCGUGGGCUCCGACGAGGCGCUGGGCGGCGCCCUGCUGACGCCGAUUCCGUGGCUGACGCGGCGGAGCCCGGAGAGCGUCGACGCGGUGUCUACGAGUAGCGGCGGCGGUAGCACGGCCGGCGGGAGUAGCAGCGGCGGCGGUGGCGGUGGUGGUGGUGGUGGCAGUGGUGCGCUGAUUCACAGCGAGAGCACCGAGACGAUUGACGGGCCCAACGGUGUGGGUAGCAUCGAGACGGUAUCGGUGAGUGUCAACGGCGUGCCGUCGACGGGCCACGCGCGCGGCGUCACUCAGGGGGAGCUGCUGCGCCAGGAGCAGCGUGCCGGCGUCGUGCCCGUCAGUCAGCUAUCGCGUAACCACCACCAGCAGCAGCAGCAACAGCAACAACAGCAGCAGCAGCAGCAGCAGCAGCACGCCAUGCAGCACCACCCGCUCCAGUCGCAGCACGAGGCUGGCGUAUCGCGUGGCGACGAGCACGACGAUGGCGAGGAUGCCGCGGACGAGGAGGGGCAGCACCGACAGCAUCGCCCCGCCGCGGACGCGGAAGAAGGAGCAGAAGAAGAGGAAGAAGAACAAGAACAAGAAGAAGAGGUACCGCACGCCCGCGGGCCUGACGAGAUUGGCGUGGGCGAUACUGGUCCCCAGACCGUCACGACGAGCGCCAUGGGCGAGGGCGGCCUCGAGAUGCAGGGCAUCGACCUCGCCGCCGCCGUCGGCCGCCCGCCCGAGGAGGAAGAGCACCACCACACGGCGCAGGGGCGGAAGCGUACGCCAGAGGGCGAGGAGCGCGAGGAGAGGCGGGAAAACGAGGAAGAGACGGCGGCGGCGGCGCAGAGCCCCGAGGCUUUGGGGACGAAGCGCGAGGCAGAGGAAGCAGCCGCGGGGGAGCCGGCCAAGAAGCUCAAGGAGGAAUGA